AUGGCACCGCUCGAAGUCCUGAUGGUCGGCACGGGGGAGUACACAACCGGCUUUGUCGGCGGAGGGGCCUCCAAGUCCGACAAGAAGGUUGGCGUGGUAGGACUGACGCUGUUCGAUCUCCGAAGACGAGGCAAGGUGGGCAAACUGUCCAUGGUCGGCGUCUCCGGCGACAAGUUCCCUGCCAUCCGCGAGCAUCUCCAAAAGAACAUUUCCGAGGCAUACAACGGCCUCGACGUCUCCUUUGAAGAGUACCCCAAGCAAGGCCAACGCGACCCGGACGCCUACAGAACCGCCAUCGACACCCUACCCAAGGGCAGCGCCAUCACCAUCUUCACCCCGGACCCAACCCACUACCCCAUCGCCCUCUACGCCAUCGAACGCGGCAUCCACGUCCUCGUCACCAAGCCCGCCGUCAAGCACCUCGCGCACCACCAGCACCUCCUCGAGGCCGCGCGCCAGCACAACAUCCUCGUCUACGUCGAGCACCACAAGCGCUACGACCCGGCCUACGCCGACGCGCGCUUCCGCGCGCAGAAGCUCGGCGACUUCAACUACUUCUACUCGUACAUGAGCCAGCCCAAGUCGCAGCUCGAGACGUUCAAGGCCUGGGCCGGCAUCGACAGCGACAUCUCGUACUACCUCAACUCGCACCACGUGGACAUCAACGAGUCCAUGGUCCCGGACUUCAAGCCCGUGCGCGUCAUGGCGAGUGCGGCGCGGGGCAUCGCGACGGAAUUGGGCUGCGCCGAGGGGACCGAGGAUACGAUUACGCUGCUGGUGGAUUGGAUCAAGAGGACAGACCCGGGCAAGAGGGCGACGGGCGUGUAUACAGCGGGCUGGGCGGCGCCGCAGAAGGCGGGCGUGCAUUCGAAUCAGUACUUCCACUACAUGGCAAGCAAGGGCGAGAUACGCGUCAACCAGGCCAAGCGCGGGUACGACGUCACCGACGACGAGACGGGUCUGCUGUGGUAUAAUCCCUUCUACAUGAAGUACGCCCCCGACGAGGAGGGCAAUUUCGCAGGGCAGACGGGCUACGGGUACAUAUCGUUUGAGAAGUUUGUCGAUGCCGUCAACCAGCUCAACGAGGGCAAGAUCACCCUGGAUCAGCUGGAUGCACGGCCGCUGCCGACGCUGAAGAACACGAUUGCCACGACGGCGAUCCUCGAGGCGGGUCGAAGGUCGCUGGACGAGAAUCGGCCGGUGGAGAUUAUAGAGGAGGAUGGGAAGUGGUCGUUGCGGUAACUUGGACGUUUACCAAGGGUUUCCGCAGAUAAAAAGCUGUUAAAGGGGCCCUUAUCAGCGCUUGUGAUGCAUUCCUUUUCACCAUUUCAACUUAUUCCCCUCCGGUAUGUACACGUACUGGUAGUGCUACAAGACGCACAGGAGCAAUGCAGGACAGCUGUUACGCGGGAUGGUCAUAUUCUAUUUUACAUACCUUCGUUCAACCCAAUGCCUCCUUUCCCCAAUCUCUAUGAUGAUGAUGCUGCCACAAACAUCACAACUACUCAACUCAAACACCAGGCAUGCCCACAAUAGCCCUCAACCCAGGCAUCCCCCUCGGAAGAAAGUACACGGCCCACAGCGCCGCAA